AUGGAUUUAAGAAAAGCACGCUGCAUAGUAUUAAAAGAUAGCGAUGAGACUAUUAAAAAGUUACACGUUGAAUCGGGCCCCACACUUAUGAUUGAUUGUCCACCAUUUACUGUAUAUAUGAUAAUGAGUUCACCACGGGAGACCAAAAUAUGGCGUCACAUCAUAAGAGAAGUGGCACAUAAUAAUGGAUUCUCAUUGAGCGAUCAACAAUUGACUAAAUUCAAUGUGCCAGUAAUUGUGGAUAAGUGCAUUAAUUUUGUAUACAUACAUGGCUCCAUGUCUGAGGGCAUUUAUCGAAAAUCGGGCUCUGAAAAUUCUAUUGUGAAAUUAAUGUCAGCAUUCAGAACAGAUGCUUUCAACGUGGAGAUCACACGAAAUGAAUAUAAUGAACAUGAUGUUGCCAAUGUGUUGAAACGUUUUAUGCGUGAUCUUCCUGAACGUUUGCUGGGCAAACUUUCUGAAAGUUUCAUAUGCGUCACAGAGUUAGCCAAACCCACUGAAAAAAUUGAAGUCUAUAAGGAGUUACUGCAAAGACUUGGUACAAUAGAACGUGAAACUUUAAAGAAAAUUGUUAGCCAUUUAGCAUUUAUUAGUUCGCAAAAGUCUAAAAACAAAAUGAGCGUACAAAAUUUAACUAUGAUUUGGGGGCCUACGCUUCUACAUAGUCGUCGAAAUGAGGAACUGGUUUACUCAACAAAAGAAGCUGAUGUAUUGACUGAUUUAGUUUUACUAUAUAAGAAUCUAUUUCCGCUAUCAGUCGAUGAAAUGAAAAAAGAACAGGAAAUGCUUCUAUGCCUACAGAAGUAUUAUGCAGCCGCUGAAACGCUUAUGGAUUCAGUUAAAAAGUCUGGAGAUCUCAAAAUGUGGAUUACAUUAAAUCCAAGCCCAGAAAAUUUAACUGAGGAAAAAAAGCAAAUAAAUGUCACCAUAUCACCCACCAAAACUGCUUACGAGAUAUGUCAAGAACUGGCGCCCAAAAUGAAUAUGUCCACACAUCAGGUGUCGUUACAUGAGAUUAUAUUGAAUGACAAUUUAGAACGUCCACUUCAUCAUGAUACUAAAGUAUUUGAAGUUGUGCUCAACUGGUCUUAUUGGCCCGAAGAUGAUCGGAAAAAUAAUUAUUUGGUUGUGAAGCCAGUUGAUUUAUUACGUGAGGUAGAUCGUGCAGUUAAGAAUUUGGCUACCGUCACACCUGGCAAAGAAUUAAAAUUCGCAGAUAAUCGUACAAAGUCCUUCAAAUCGUAUCAGUGUGAAUUACGUGAUGGUAAAAUUGUUGUUUCGAAAAAGGAUAAAAAUGAUAAAACGACAAUUGUGCGUGAAAUAUUUUUGCACAGCAGUACAGCUUAUUUGGGCUGUGAAAAGAAGCGGGACUUUCCAUGGAGUUGGGCAAUAACUUUUGUUGAACGCAACCAAACACAAAUCUUAAGAUCUCGUGAUUUACCGUACAUAGGUCACGUUCUAGCUGGUAGUGAGUGGGUAGAUCGUACAAUUUGGUAUUCAAGUAUUUGGUAUUGUCUGUACGGUGACAGCAUACUGCCUCCUGCUGAAAUAAUUUUAAAAUAAAUUACAUAUUUUUAUAUUAGCAAAUAACUUAAAUCAAUUAUUAAUUAAAUUUAAGUAAAAACAUAUGCCAUUAAAAACUCAUUCUAAAAAUUCGAGACACUGCAUUUUCAAGUUUACAUUAAUUUUUCUUUAUUGUAAAACUGAAUGUUCAAAUAUAGUUUUAAAUUUUAUAUAUUC